CCUAUGGUUCAGCAUGAUUCAGUCUCAAUAAUAGUCAGUUCAGCUAGGCAGGUUAUAUUCAAGCAGCAGGAACUUUUGCAAAAGGGCAGCAACAAUUGUCAGCUCUACGCUUUCUGCCUGAGAGGAUAAGAAUGCGCAUCUCCCCGACGAGACUGACCACGAAUCCAACAGUCUCAGUGUCGCCCCUGUUGUCAUCCCUAAUCCUGCAAAGCCACUACGCCCAGCAGCCCCAGUCCCGUUUCAGGGGCAGAUUUUUGCACACCAUGGCCACCGACUCACCCGAGCUCGGAGUUACGAAUGGAACCCCGACGUACCAACCAAGAUAUAUUGAUAUUGGAAUCAAUUUGGCAGACCCCAUCUUCCGUGGUCGCUACGGCGGCAAACAACGCCACCCAGACGACCUAGCCGCCGUCGUCCAGCGCGCCAAGGAUGUCGGCUGCACCAAGCUCAUAGUCACUGGCUCGAGCUUCAGGAGCUCCAGAGACGCCCUGAAGCUCGCCCAAGAGUUCCCCGGCACCGUCUACUCCACGGCGGGCGUCCACCCGUGCAGCAGCGCCAUCUUCGGCGCCACCCAUCCCCACCACCAUGAGGCCGAGGACGAGGAGCACACGGCGGCAUGUGAUCCGGAUCCGGAGAAACCCGUGCCCGCUGACGACGAGGGGACCCCCGAUCUGCAAAAGACGAAGCAGAUCGUCGCGGACCUCGACGCCCUGGUCCGCUCGGCCGGCCCAGGACUGGUGGCCUUUGGCGAGUUCGGCCUCGAUUACGACAGGCUGCACUACUGCCCCAAGAAGCUUCAGCUGCACUCCUUUUCGCACCAACUCGACCUGGUCGUUGCGCUGCAAAAGGAUAAGCUCGAGUUUCCUCUGUUCCUGCACUCACGGGCCGCGCAUGCCGAUUUCGUCUCUCUGCUAAAGGAAAAGUUUGGACAUGACCUUGCGGGUCUCGCGCGCGGCGGUGUCGUGCACAGCUUCACCGGCACGGCGGAGGAGGCCCGGGAGCUGAUGGACUUGGGGCUGUACAUUGGUAUCAACGGGUGCAGCUUCAAGACGGCGGAGAACUGCGACGUGGUUCGCGAGAUCAGGUUGGACAGGAUCAUGAUUGAGACCGAUGGGCCGUGGUGUGAGGUCAGACCUAGCCAUGAGGGCUGGAAGUACCUCGUGGAAGAUGCAAAACGAAAAGCAGCAGAGGAAGAGAAGGCCGCUACCGCCGCCGCUGACGUUGCCAGGGCCGCUGUAACGGCAGAUGGCGAUUCCCAAACCCGCGUGACGGACGCACCUCCAGAGCCAGCAACCGGCGACGUAAAACAUACAAGGCAGAAGAAGCCAAAGCAGCAGCAGCAACCUAGUAAAAAGGGACAGAAGAAACCAUCAGAAGUACCUGAACGUUUCAAGUCAGUCAAGAAGGAGAAGUGGGAGGAGGGUUGCAUGGUAAAGAGCCGCAACGAGCCGUGCACCAUUGAGAGGAUAGCAACAAUCGUGGCAGGGAUCAAGGGCGUCUCGGUGGAGGAGGUUGCCGAAGCUGCCUGGGUCAACACAAUCAAGGUGUUUAAAGUAGAUUCAUAGACAUAGAAAUACAUUCAGAGCGAUCUUGCCUACGGGUAUCCAUAAUAAAA